AUGUCUAACCAAGAUUCCUUUGUUAGUGGAGUUGGCAAUGAAUCACACAAACGAUCAAAUGAAGUGAUAACCAUUGAUGAAGAUACAGAUGUUAAGAAGCCGAAAGUAAAUACCGGAGCGAAGAAGAUACCGAAUAUUGCAGAGGAACUGGCAAUGAAUAGGCAAAAUGUAAGAUCGAGUUCACUAUCACCGUUACUGAACUCUGAUAGUAGCAGUAAUGGGAGUGAUAAGACAAGCAAGUCAGAGUUGCCUAGGCCCAUGAUACCUGAAACCAAGCCAUUGCCUGUGGCUUCACUACUAUCAGGCCCUAACAACCAAAAAUUAAACUCAACUGAACCAAAAUCGAAUUCACCACAGUCACCAGGAAGUGUGUCAAUCCCAUCGUUAAAAAGAAACGACAGCGAGUCGAAAUUGAAUAAACUAAAGAUGAGAGCUCUCUUGAAGAACAAGAGCCCCGCCAAUGUACGAAAAUCACUGAGCUCCACUAGUGAGAAGUCAAGCACUGCUACCAAACUAGAUGAUACUGAAAUAUCAAACGCUGUUAAGCAAGAUAAUAAGACCUCAAAGGUAGAUAAAACUCCACAAGGUAAAAAGUUGGAAGGUACUUUUAAAUCUUCAUUAAAAUCAAAAUCUUUUACUGAGAUAGAUAGAAUAGGUAUUGUUAGUAAGGACAAGCAAUCUAAGAAGAAAGACAUGAAUGCAGUCACACCCAAACCGAGAAGUCCUAAAAGAGCACUUCCAACAACUAAGUCACCAAAUAUAAUGAGUGUUCUAGAAAAAGGUAAGACCGAUAUAAAAACUUUGUCAAGGCCAGAUAUUAUUAUUGAUGUACCACUAUCCCUAGAUGAUAGUAAUGCGUAUCUGUCAGAAGAUAAUCAGGUAAUAUUCAAUUUCCAAAAGCUAAUAGAUGAAAAGUAUGGCAUCAGUAAGAAGGCCAAAGUACCGAAAAAGAACUUAACUAUGAAUUUAUUACAAAACUUAUCAAAUAACAGAAGUGGAUCUACUUUAGAUGAUGAAAUUAAUCUCUCUGAUGAUGAGGACGAUUUUGAAGAAGAAGAAUCACAUAUACCAGUCAAGCCAGCUGUUCCUGUAAACGGUAAGAAACCCCAUCCGUCAAAAGGUAAGAACUUGAUUGGUAAAUAUGAUAUAGAGGAUCCAUUUAUUGAUGAUUCUGAGCUACAAUGGGAGGAAUAUAGAGCAGCAACAAGGGAUGGUUUUUUUGUUUUUUUUGGUCCUCUUGUCGAGAACGAAGAUAGCUCAGCCGAAGCUAAACUGGCCCCCUCAAAUAACAAAAAACUUGCUGGUAAGAAUAGGUAG